UGUUUCUCUGCUGUUUAUCUCUGACUAAGCUCAGUUGGUCUGGCAGUGUCUGGAGAGAGAGAAAGCAGAGUUAAACAAGGGAUAUGGAGAUGUUUGGGGUACAGAACUUGAAUUCUGAAGAAGUCAUACCAGAGGAGGAACAUUGGUCUCUUGUUAUGGAGGGAUAUGGACCAAGAUUAGAGUGGUGCUGGAAAAGCACAGCAGAUCAGGUGUUAUCUGAGGAGCAUGGAAAUUGACAUUUCAGGCAAAAGCCCUUCAUCAGGAAUGAGAUGUGGACCAAUGGCAGGCAUUAGUCUGACUUUGUGCCAUGUUCUGCACAACAUUGUGGGCAGAAGGACCCAUUUUUCUAUUGUACAGUUGUUUUCUCUCUCUGUAGAUGCUGCCAGGUCUGCUGAGUUUCUUCAGCAACUUUCUGUUUUUGUUUCAGAUUUCCAGCAUUUGACUUUCUUUGUUCAUUUUUCAAGAAAUAAAUUCAGGAUGUGGUUGUCUUGGUUAAUUCCACCAUCUUCUCCUUUGUCCCCCUCCAAUUUGGGAAAUUAAAUCAAUAGAAGGUGAUAAUAUUGUGAUGCCUUUUUCCAGCCGCCUUUCUGCGUAUGCCUCACACAAGCUAUUGAUUUUCCCGCCCUCACUGACUUUUGAAAGCUGAGAAGUAUUUCUGUCUGAGCAAGAGGUGGGGAUGUAGUGGGUAUAGAACCAGUCCUGAGAGAUGGGAUGAAUCUUUUCUGCAUAAGACUGGCCCUUUGGGGUUGUACUGUGUCAAUGAAAACAUUUUCUCAGUAUUGUGCUGUUUUUCCUGGCUUUCUCAGCAUUAAUUACCCAUCCCAAGUUGCAGCUUGAUUUACCUGCUUUCCUGGGACUAUUUCAGAGAACUGUUAAAAGGCAAGCAAAUUGCUGUGGAUCCGGAGGUACAUGUAGGCCAGACCAUGAAUUGUACUAAUAAUGUUAAAUAUGACAAUAUAUUAGUUUGGCAUUGGGUUAUUACACUUAGCUAUAAAUCAGGUCUAAUUUCAAGCCCUGUUCUAUAAUAGCACACACUUCUAGGCUGCUUUUUAUAAUUGAUGGAAAGUUGCGUUGUCGUGUGUUUUUUUUUAUAUACACCUUGGAACCUUGAUACUUGAACGCAGCUACCAUGUUACCCUCUUGAAAACAGCCAUUACACUGAAUAGAUCUGUGAACUGUUUUGGAACAUCUUGAAUAUGUGAAAAGUAUAUAAAAAUGCCUGCUGUUUCUUCUUAAAUUUGAGCUUUCAAACUAUUUUAACAUUGAUUUUUAUGGCCGAUGUGCAGGACUACUGUUAAAUUGCAAUAGUUAUUGAAGAAUCUGCGAGAACUGUCUGACUUUGCUUCUCAGCUUAUCCACAUUUCCCGUUUCUGACUUGCAUCGCUUCCUUAAUAAUUCUUGCGUUCUUUGAAGGAUGGGGAGCAACUUGUUAAGUAAUGUGGUGGAAGUGUUUUCAUUGUAUCUACGACAGAGAGAGAGGGGUUCUUGAUUAGUAAGGGGAUCAGGGUUAUGGGGAGAAGGCAGGAGAAUGGGGUUGCAAAACAUUCAGCUAUGAUGGAAUGGCGGAGCUGACUCAGGCUGAAUGGCUUACUUCUGCUCUAUAUCUUAUUGCCUCACUAAUAUCAUUAAAUGGGAAGCUUCAGGGCUUUGACUUGGUGAUGAAAGAGACAGAUUCAGUGUUCAAACCAACAAGUUGUGGGACUUUGAUGUAAGUGUUCUAUUGUAUCUCAAUAAGACAGCUGUUGCUCCAACUAUGCUGAAAGUGGGAUUUAGUCCUAAUAGUUGUGCACCAGAUUCCUAUAUCAGCAUUGACUACAUAAUGUGGGGAAAUUGGGAUGAGUGGCUGCAUAAGUUUCCUGAGCUCGUAAGGUGGGGGUGGAUGAUGGCAUAGUCGAUAAAAUGUGCAGCUGGAAAAAGCGAAGCAAGUCGAGCAGGAGAGUUGACGUUUUUAGCCCUAAUGGGGAGUGAUGGUGUCAAGAUUGCUGAAUUGCCAAUUCUUGCAUCAAUGCCAAUCUCCAGCAGCUUCAUGUGGUCUGGGAAGCCAACACCAUCUACAUGCCCUUAAAGUUGUGAUUCUACAUUAAUGUUAGCAGGAAAUGGAAGAGAACAGCAAAGAUGCCCAUGUUGGUUGGCUAUCUUUCACCAGUAUUGUUUGCAUGAGAUCCUGGGUAUCAAAGAGUGAAACAGCAUCAGCAACAACUAAGCGCACUAGAGUUCUGGUCAAAGACAUCUGCUAGAUACUGUGAUGCAGAGAUGACUCAGAGUGGGAGAGCAGGUAUUUUGCCUCUUGGGUAUAUUCGCUGCCACAGUCGAAGUGCAAUGGUCACUCGAAUUGGAAAAGAUGAGAUUGGUAAAGAAAGACCUGAUAAAGUAGAUCUGAAAAUGACCUUCACUUAGGUUUGAGUAACAUACUGCAGUGCAUCCGUGGCACAACGGGAGGAACCAAGUCUUAUUUUUGUGGGGUUUUUUUGUUUGCUGAUUUCGCAUGUAAUUGUAUGCCAAUGAUUGAAGGAGCCUUUUCCAUUUUCAAAUAAUUGUACAGCAUGUUAUUCCAGAGUGUGUUUAUUCUGUUUUUGAUUUGUUUGAAGUGUAACAUCAAACUGGCAACUGAGAAUUUUUGGCAAGUAGGAUAAAUCCUGUGUUAACUGCUUAUUUCAGGAAAUUACUAUCUACAUUACUGAACAAAAUGUUUCCUCAACAGAUCAAUUCAUAAGGUAAUUCCCACAUUUCCUAUCAGCAAAACGGGUCAAGGAAACCAAAUGCCUGGUAGUAUUAUCCCAUUUUUAUUUCCUUCAGUUCCAGUCAGCCUUGCAAUAAAAUUUAACUCUGUUACUAAAUAUGAUUCAGCAUUCUCUUCAUUAUUAAAAUAUAUUUUGUUAAUUUAGGAGGUUGCAUAAAACCAAAAGGUUAUACGAUACCAAUCAAAUAUCAACAUUUUAUUUAUCUGAUUUUAAUUUUACAGCUGUUAUGUUUUAAAAAUAUAAUUAUACAAGAUAUAGAAUAAACUGGAAUUAGGGAGUAAAUCACUAAACACCACACAGAAGAAGGGAUUUGACCCACUGGAUCUGGACAAACCAUUGUGAGAAUUUAGUCUCGCUCCUCUGCUCUUUUCCACAAUUUUUUUUCAGGAUUUUUACCCACUUCAGUUUGAACGCUAUUGUUGAAUCCUGGAAUUAUUAAUCCUGCUAUUAUGGAGGUACUGUAAAAAUUACUUGUGAAAGAUGGCUCGAUGAAGUAAAACAAUGAAGGAUUCAAUAAUGUGAAUUUGCAAAGCAAUGUGUUUUGUAUCCUCAGAAUAGAUGGAAUUUGUUUUAUCAUUGUGUGACAUAUUGCAUCUGUGACAUUGCACCACCUCCUUUGUACUAUCAGUACCAAGUUGUCACUGGUUUCUAGAGUCAGCUUGAAUCGAAUGGCUUUGUCAAUACUCCCAUCUCUGGAAGUCAAUGAACCAUGGUUGACAAAGUGAGUUCAUUUGUUUUGAAGAGUACCGGACCCCCAAUAUGGUAUGUACGUAUGGCCAUGCGCUGUGGUAUUGGCACAAUAUGUGUGGUUUUCUAGAAAUACAUUAAGAGGGAAGACCAUUUUAGAGAUUGGGGCUGGUGCGGGCUUACCUGGCAUAGUGGCAGCAAAAUGUGGUGCCAAUGUGAUUUUAUCCGACAGUGCAGAGAUUCCGAAUUGCUUGGAUAACUGCCGCCUCAGUUGCCAGAUUAAUAACCUUGAAGAUGUGCCGGUCAUCGGUUUAACCUGGGGGCAAAUAUCACCUGAUCUUGUGCUGCUACCUCAGAUAGAUAUAAUUCUGGGUUCUGAUGUGUUUUAUGACACUGAAGACUUCGAGAAUAUAUUGACAACUGUUUUUUACCUCAUCCGAAAAAAUCCACAUGCUCUUUUCUGGACCACCUAUCAGGAACGCUGUGCUGAUUGGUCAAUUGAAUCAUUAUUGUAUAAAUGGAAUUUGAAGUGUGUUCACAUUCCUCUAGAAACAUUCAAAGCAGAUGAAGAAUUCCUCGCUGGAUCGAACCUGCCAGGAAGUCACUCUGUUCACAUGAUGAUUAUCACUUUAGAAACUAGUAUUCUUUCAGUAACCUGAAGCUAAUCUCCUGCAAAAGAUUGUUUUAGAAAUACUGCAAUUGCUCUUUAGAAUGAUCUGUAAAUGGAUUGUGGAUGUAAAGAAAAUAUUACCAUGUCAAAAAUUAUAUUUAUGAUAAACUAUUUCACUGAAGCACUUUUGCUGUUGAAAGGAUUGGUCUAGCAUGGAAGGAACAAGAGUGACACUAAACCUUUUUAAUAACAAUAUUAACUCACACUUCAAAGUUUGAAGUAUCUCAGUUAUUGUCUGAAACCAGUGCAGGGAACUAAUCUUUUGUUUAGGGUCUUCAAACAUGCCUUUACUAGCAAGUAUAUAAUAGUGAUUUGUUUUCCCUGCCGGACUUUUUUUUUAAAAACAAAUUUCCUUUGUAAAGUGAUUGCUGAUUGUACCAGGGUAGAACAAAUGUUUUUUAACUUGCAUAAUUUUGUCUUGAAGUAACAAGACCCUUUCCCAUCCAUUCUCACUGUUAAACAUUUACAAAUGUAACUAUAGUGUUUCCCCAUAUAUCAGAAAUAAAUGGGCAUUUCUAAUGUGCUUCAAGUGUUAAAA